UAUUCACAUUUUUGGGAAAUAUUCUAUCCAGACUUAUUAGAUGUCACAGAAACUCCUACAUUUACUGUAACACCAUGUGAUGAUCCAGAUUUUGCUGUGAUCAGGUUUCAUGCAGGACCACCUUAUGAAGACAUUGCUUUCAAAUGUGUAAACCGGGAGUGGGAAAUCAGCCAUAAGCAUGGCUAUAAGUGCCAGUUUGUGAACGGAAUAUUCCAACUAUGGUUCUACUUUAAGAGAUAUAGAUACCGACGGUAG